GAUCACGGAAUCAGGCCGAGGCUAUUAUCCACGGAUAAUGAAGUCUAUUGAUCCUAUUCUCCACGGAUGAUAAGCCCGUUAAGCAUCGAUUGGGCCCAAUUUAUUUUCGGAUGGCAUUUUCGUAAUUUCUUGGGCGACGAAAGGCCAUUUUCUUUGGAUAUUGAAGGCUACAGAUCACAGAUUCGGCUUGAGGCUAUUCUCCAACGAUGAUCGAGUCCAUUAAGCACCGAUUUGGGCGGAUUUAUUUCAGGUUAUUUUUUGGCAGAUUCCAAAGGGGUACCACCACAUAUUUCGGGCGAUUUAUCCGAAAUGCCUUUUCUUUCUAUUCUGGAGGCUACAGAUCACGAAAUCAGGCCGAGGCUAUUGUCCAUCGAUAAUGAAGUCUAUUGAUCCUAUUCUCCUUGGAUGAUAAGCCCGUUAAGCAUCAAUUUGGGCCAAUUUAUUUUGGGAUGACAUUUUCGUAAUUUCUUGGGCGACGAAAGGCCAUUUUCUUAGGAUAUUGAAGGCUACAGAUCACGGAUUCGGCCUGAGGCUAUUCUCCAACGAUGAUUGAGUCCAUUAAGCACUGAUUUGGGCGGAUUUCUUCCUGGUCAAUUUUUGGCAGAUUCCAAAGGGGUACCAUCACAGAUUUCGGGCGAUUUAUCUGAAAUGCCAUUUUCUUUCGAUUCUGGAGGCUACAGAUCACGGAAUCAGGCCGAGGCUAUUCUCCACCGAUAAUGAAGUCUAUUGAUCCUAUUCUCCACGGAUGAUAAUCCCGUUAUGCAUCGAUUUGGACCAAUUUAAUUUCGGAUGGCAUUUUCGUAAUUUCUUGGGCGACGAAAGGCCAUAUUCUUUGGAUAUUGAAGGCUACAGAUCACGGAUUCGGCUUGAGGCUAUUCUCCAACGAUGAUUGAGUCCAUUAAGCAUAGAUUUGGGCGGAUUUAUUCCGGGUCAAUUUUUGACAGAUUCCAAAGGGGUACCAUCAUAGAUUUUGGGUAAUUUAUCCAAAAUGCCAUUUUCUUUCGAUUUUGGAGGCUACAGAUCACAGAAUCAUGCCGAGGCUAUUCUCCACCAAUAAUGACGUCUAUUGAUCCUAUUCUCCACGGAUGAUAAACCCAUUAAGCAUCGAUUGGCCAAUUUAUUUUCGCAUGGCAUUUUCAUAAUUUCUUGGGCGACGAAAGGCCAUUUUCUUUGGAUAUUGAAGUCUACCGAUCAAGGAUUUGGCAUGAGGAUAUUCUCCAACGAUGAUUGAGUCCAUUAAGCAUAGAUUUGGGCGGAUUUAUUCUGGGUCAAAUUUUGGCAGAUUCCAAGGGGGUACCCAUCACAGAUUUGGGGCGAUUUAUCCGAAAUGCAAUUUUAUUUCGAUUCUGGAGGCUACAUAUCACAGAAUCUGGCCGAGGCUAUUCUUCACCGAUAAUGAAGUCUAUUGAUCCUAUUCUCAUCGGAUAAUAAGCCCGUUAAGCAUCGAUUUGGGCCAAUUUAUUUUCGGAUGGCAUUUUUGUAAUUUCUUGGGCGACGAAAGGCCAUUUUCUUUGGAUAUUGCACGCUACAGAUCACGGAUUCGGCCUGAGGCUAUUCUCCGACGAUGAUUGAGUCCAUUAAGCACCGAUUUGGGCAGAUUUAUUCCGGGUCAAUUUUUGGCAGAUUCCAAAGGGGUACCAUCACAGAUUUCCGGCGAUUUAUCCGAAAUGCCAUUUUCUUUCGAUUAUGGAUGCUACAGAUCACGGAAUCAGGCCGAGGCUAUUCUCCACCGAUAAUGAAGUCUAUUGAUCCUAUUCUCCACGGAUGAUAAGCCCGUUAAGCAUCGAUUUUGGCCAAUUUAUUUUCGCAUGGCAUUUUCGUAAUUUCUUGGGCGACGAAAGGCCAUUUUCUUUGGAUAUUGAAGGCUACAGAUCAAGGAUUUGGCAUGAGGAUAUUCUCCAACAAUCAUUGAGUCCAUUAAGCACCGAUUUGGGCGGAUUUAUUCCGGAUCAAUUUUCGGCAGAUUCCAAAGGGGUACCAUCACAGAUUUCGGGCGAUUUAUCCGAAAUGCAACUUUCUGGAGGCUACAGACCACGGAAUCAGGCCGAGGCUAUUCUCUACCGAUAAUGAAGUCUAUUGAUCCUAUUCUCCACGGAUGAUAAGCCCAUUAAGCAUCGAUUUGGGCCAAUUUAUUUUCAGAUGGCAUUUUCGUAAUUUCUUGGGCGACGAAAGGCCAUUUUCUUUGGAUAUUGAGGGCUUCAGAUCACGGAUUCGGCCUGAGGCUAUUCUCCAACGAUGAUUGAGUCCAUUAAGCACAGAUUUUGGCGGAUUUAUUCCGGGUCAAUUUUAGGCAGAUUCCAAAGGGGUACCAUCACAGAUUUCGGGUGAUUUAUCCGAAAUGCCAUUUUCUUUCGAUUCUAGAGGCUACAUAUCACGGAAUCAGGCCGAGGCUAUUCUCCACCAAUAAUGAAGUCUAUUGAUCCUAUUCUCCACGGAUGAUAAGCCCGUUAAGCAUCGAUUUGGGCCAAUUUAUUUUCGGAUGGCAUUUUCCUAAUUUCUUGGGCGACGAAAGGCGAUUUUCUUUGGAUAUUGAAGGCUACAGAUCACGGAUUCGGCCUGAGGCUAUUCUCCAACGAUGAUUGAAUCCAUUAAGCACCGAUUUGGGCGAUUUAUAAGGGGUGUACCAUCACAGAUUUCGGGCGAUUUAUCCGAAAUGCCAUUUUCUGUCGAUUCUGAAGGCUACAGAUCAAUGAAUCAUGCCGAGGCUAUUUUCCACCAAUAAUGAAGUCUAUUGAUCCUAUUCUCCACGGAUGAUAAGCCCGUUAAGCAUCGAUUUGGGCCAAUUUAUUUUCGGAUGGCAUUUUCGUAAUUUCUUGGGUGACGAAAUGCCAUUUUCUUUGGAUAUUGAAGGCUACAGAUCACGGAUUCGGCCUGAGGCUAUUCUCCAACGAUGAUUGAAUCCAUUAAGCACCGAUUUGGGCGGAUUUAUUCCGGGUCAAUUUUUGGCAGAUUCCAAAGGGGUGUACCAUCACAGAUUUCGGGCGAUUUAUCCAAAAUGCCAUUUUCUGUCGAUUCUGAAGGCUACAGAUCAAUGAAUCAUGCCGAGGCUAUUGUCCACCAAUAAUGAAGUCUAUUGAUCCUAUUCUCCACGGAUGAUAAGCCCGUUAAGCAUCGAUUUGGGCCAAUUUAUUUUCGGAUGGCAUUUUCGUAAUUUCUUGGGUGACGAAAUGCCAUUUUCUUUGGAUAUUGAAGGCUACAGAUCACGGAUUCGGCCUGAGGCUAUUCUCCAACGAUGAUUGAGUCCAUUAAGCGCACAUUUGGGCGGAUUUAUUCCGGGUCAAUUUUUUGCAGAUUCCAAAGGGGUACCAUCACAGAUUUCGGGCGAUUUAUCCGAAUUGCCAUUUUCUUUUGAUUCUGGAGGCUACAGAUCCCGUAAUCAGGCCGAGGCUAUUCUCCACUGAUAAUGAAGUCUAUUGAUCCUAUUCUCCACGGAUGAUAAGCCCGUUAAGCAUCGAAUUGGGCCAAUUUAUUUUCGGAUGGCAUUUUCGUAAUUUUUAGGCGACGAAAGACCAUUUUCUUUGGAUAUUGAAGUCUACAGAUCACGAAUUCGGCCUAAGGCUAUUCUCCAACGAUGAUUGAGUCCAUUAAGCACAGAUUUGGGCGGAUUUAUUCCGGGUCAUUUUUGGCAGAUUCCAAAGGGGUACCAUCACAGAUUUCGGGCGAUUUAUCCGAAAUACCAUUUUCUUUCGAUUCUGGAGGCUACAGUUCCCGUAAUCAGGCCGAGGCUAUUCUCCACCGAUAAUAAAGUCUAUUGAUCCUA